CUGAGACAUAGUAUGUAGGAGAGCGUUGUAGCUAUGAUGUGGUGUGUAUGUGACUCAUCGUCAGAGUUUGAAAAUAGCGGCAUCUGAUAAUUUCUCAAGCGUUUUUCACGUUAAGAAAUGUAGAGGUUAAAUGCUUUUAUUUGCCCUUUAGCAAAGGUCUGGAAUAGAUACUUAAUAGACCACAGUGGAUUUGUGCAUGAACGGCCUUUACCUCACCUACAAAAGAGUGCUCUCUGGGCUCUGAGGGUGAAGAUGAGGGGUGUGCAUGGGGGGCGGAUGUGCAGGAUGAAAGACAUGAACAAGAUAAGAUGAGUCUGACACCCAGCGAGGGCACAGAGGCUGGAAGUCCUGCUCGCUCCACCCGCGGCCACAGUCUGAGCCCCUCGCUGGAGCACUGGGACGAGGCCGAGAACACGACCCUCCCAAGUACAACUGGAGAGACAGAGACCAGCGCAUACACACAGAAAGAUGCCCGGGUAGAGGAGGACUGGACUCGAUAUGACUUCCUCAUGCAGCUGAGAAAAGUGUCCCACCUUCCUGACUCGCGCAACAGCCAGCAACACAACGGCUCCAUCGCUUCCUACCACAUGGCAAGCGUGCAGGACGACACACCGUCCACUUUGUCACCGGGUGUUCAGGAGUCACCUGAGGGAAAAGAUCCUGGGAGUCCUGAUCCUACAGGGACAGAAAUGCAGGUGUGUCCAUUUUGCCAGCAGUCAUAUCAGCAGGGCACCUAUCUCAGGGAACACAUGAAGCUGUGCCAGGAGAGGGACAGAGGACACAGUGUGUGUCCACUCUGUGGCUACAGCACUCCAUACAGGGCACAGAUGGAGCGGCACAUGGCACUACACGCCCAGGUUAAAGAGAAGAAUUCUGUGUCUGACCCUAACAUGGAAAACCGGAAGUUUAAAUGUACACAGUGUGGAAAAGCUUUUAAAUACAAACAUCAUCUUAAGGAGCAUUUACGCAUUCAUAGUGGUGAGAAGCCCUACGAGUGCUCUAACUGUAAGAAACGCUUCAGUCACUCAGGCUCCUACAGCUCACACCUGAGCAGCAAAAAAUGUCUCAGUGGAGGCGGAUCAGGGAACGGCACAUAUUUCAAUGGCCACUCUCACCCUGCUUACCUCUUCCCCUCCCCAACAUCACCUCCUGUAGUUGGAAGCAGGAAUGGUAACAGAGGAAAGAGCUCUCCAUAUGCCCCACUGAGUCAUUGCUUCACAGAGCAGCUAGCCAAUCAGGGACAGGAAUCAAUUGCUUCUGCCCUCCGAACUUCGGAUCUAAGCAGACCGUGGGAUUCUGUUACAGCCAUGAGGAUGGGGGUGUUUAAAGGGACUACACUUUUGCCCUUACUGCAUUCUGGUGGCAAAUUUGAACAGCUCCUGCAGGAAAUGCUCCAAAAGGAAGUGGGGAAGGACGAGCAGCUAGGAAGCAGGCAGGAAAAGGAAGAAGACAAGACAGAAAGAAGAGAGGUGAAAAGUGAUGUGCCUGUCAGUGUGAUAUCAUGUCAGCGGUGCUUCCAGCUGUUUCCAAAUGAAGUUGUCCUAAAGCACCACGAGAGAUAUCUGUGCAAGGGAAAAGAUGAGCAGGACGCCGCACAGAUGCAGUGCAUCAAAGAUGGAGCACCACUCAACUUUUCACGUGUCUCCCAGAACGACACACAGAAAACUCCCACCACCCCUAACGGAAUGACCAGAGCGCUUUCUUCUCCACAGCGGACAUCCUGGCAUUCACUUCCACAGCAGCUCCUCGUGCCACUGCAGUCACCUUUACACUUCCGCUCUGACCCUGCACCUGCCUACUGGCCAAACAGAAAGACAGACAGUCCUGGAAACUCCAGCGUCAUGAGCCCGACCUCGCCCUCACUACAGGAGCAGCGACGUCCAGGCUUUAGCUCUCCAUCAGGCUCAUCACCAUGCCAGCCUUUUCAACACAGACCAUCACCCAGAUCAGAGGGUUCUCAGAGCGAACCCCUAGACCUCUCCAUUCCCAAAGUACGUAAAGGCUCAGAGCCUGCAGCAGGCUGCAACGGCAGCUCACCACAGCCAGACCACAGGGAUGUGGAGCAUAUGAGCAGAAGGUUAAGCCCCCUAUCCCAUCACGAAGCAGGCGGGGCCUAUAGACCUUUAUUCGGAAGCGCAGUUUUCAAUAACUACCCCUUUUUUAAUCCCAUCAUGUCAAGUGGUCUUCCAGCAAUAGGGCAUAAUGGCCUGACAUCACUUCCUCUAACACCACCAGCACCCAGCCCUGGGUUUCUCUCCCCUAUAGCAUAUAUGAUGGAGACAGAGACUGAGACCAUGCUGAAAAGAAUGCAUCAGGAGAUAAAUGUCAUGGGCGAUGCUAGAGCUCGAGGAUGUCUGGACUACCUCGCUCUGAUGGAGGAGGGUCUAGACGGAGACCAUGGUCCAGGAAGAAAGAGACUUAGGAAGACAGAGGAAGGAUUAUACGCUUGUGACAUCUGUGACAAAAGCUUCCAGAAGAGCAGCUCUUUGCUGCGUCAUAAAUAUGAACACACAGGAAAGCGGCCACAUGAGUGCCAGAUCUGUAAGAAAGCAUUUAAACACAAGCACCACCUGAUCGAGCACAGCCGGCUUCACUCUGGAGAAAAGCCAUAUCAGUGUGAUAAAUGUGGCAAGCGUUUCUCACACUCAGGCUCCUACUCACAGCACAUGAAUCACCGCUAUGCUUUCUGUGGCCGAGACAAUGACCCAGAUGCUCAGGGAGAGGAGCAGAUUUUGGGAGAAACAGCUCUUUACACAAACCCACACACCAAACUUCAUCCUGAGACAAGAGACAAUCCUCUCAUGCUGGAGGAAACAGCCACGUUCCUCAGCGAUUCCAGCAUGGACAUGGCUCCACUAGGAUACAGAGCAGAAGAGGAGGAGGACGAGGAGGAUGAGGAGGAGGAGGAAGAAAACUCGUUUAGUAAUCAUGGGCACAAGAGAAGGGUGGAAAGAAGACUGGCAAUAGAGGACAGAAGUAAACACAUGGAAGAGUCAACUGAAGAUUGUAAGAAGAAAAAAAAGGAGGUUGGAGGACAGGACAUAAAAAAUGAUCAUCACAGCAGAGAGAUCAAAGAGGAGCAUGAUGAGGAACAAAGAGACAUGAAUCAAGAGCCAGUAUGAAUGCUCUGGACAGAGAAAAUUUAAGCUAAUUUGCCAAAAAAUGUAUAAAAACACAAAGACAGUUUUGUACAGAACAGAAUUUGAAUGCCUGAAGUGCUUAAAGGUCUGCCUUGUGCCUUUGGAUCUAUGCUGAUUCACAAAAAUCAUGCAACAUGCAUAAACACCGUUGCUAUUAAUACAGUGACAUACACAACGCACAAGGGCUACGUAACAAUAACUAAACUGUAUAUUUGGUGCUCACUGAAUACUGUGUUCUUUAAAGCAUUUGUUUUUUUUACCAACGGUAUUAUCAGAUAGGUAUACAGGUUAACGAAAACACAAAAAGUAUAAUAACUGGAGCCACUAUGUCUUCACAUUAGCAGUUUCAGAAUGCUCAAUCAUAGGUUAUACCAGAAAAUGUUUUGGGGUUAAUCCAGGUACACAACCAUACAUUCACUUAUUUGUUUCAUUUCUGACCCAUUUCCUUGAAAUCCAUUUAACACAGCCAGCAAAUACGAGAGGGCUGAUUCAGGGCAUAGGGUUUUCACCAUCAUAAUUAUCUUAUAUAAACAUCAAGGAUAUUCUAAAAUAAAGAUUGGUAGAUUGAUCUGUACUGUGAAAAACAGUAAUAUGUUGACCAUGAACAUUCAUUAAUUUCAGGAUUCAUAACAAAACAAAUCCAAAAGUAUUAGCACUCUCUGAUGUCAGGCUGUCUGUCUGAAAGCAUUGUGUCUCUUGUGACAGAGACAGAAACAUAGGCUGUUGAUCUCUGAAAAACUUGCUACAUAGGAAAACUAAACAUAUUGUUGUUGCAUACUGCAUUGCUGCAUGAGACCGCAGAGAGUGAGAAAUAUGACAUUACUGAGGUUUGCUAAUGUGUAGAUUAACUAUGCGAAGGUUCAGAUCAACAGAUCAAUGCACAGCACCUGUAGCAUUCAACUGCCCAAGUACACAAUAGUGCUUUUUUCCAGGUUUGGUUCCAGCUUUAUCCUGUUUUAUUUCUGUUUAACUGAAAUCAUUGUUUAUCUGUCAACAUGUACAUGUUGCUAAAUGUAUAUCUCUUUAAUCUAUUUAAAUAUUAUGUCUUAUGUGCAUCAGUGUUGCUUUUAUACAAAAUUUGUUAGGCUUUUGUACCAUUGUAUAGAAUUAUUUCAAUGUGCAUACAUUUACUUACAGUCUAAUAAAGUUGUACAUAUCAAUUCUCAGG